AUGCCUCCUACUCCUUAUUUCAGCAUUGUCACCUCUGAAACUGCCUUUAGGGCUCGUUUCCAAACCGAGGAUGGGAAGACAUUCUCAGAGCUAGAAAACGCGGCUGCUAGUUGCUGGGGUAGGGUUCAUUUGCUCAGAUGUCGCGUGGUCAGGCGAGAGUCAUUGUACAAUUUGCUUCCUAUCAUCUCGCAAUAUACACCCUAUACAGUGCAGCCUCUGUCAGAUGAAAUCACAUCAUUCUUGCAAGGACUUGACGUGACACUUACGGCUGAAAGUGAGCACAACUUGGUACGAAGUUCCAGUUGUGGAAUCUCUCUGGCAAUGGCCAUGUUUAAAGGGAGCCAAGACCGACUUGUGCUAGACCUACCUACUAUGUAG